CGUGACGAAUGUGCCUGAACAACUGAUUGAACUGCCUUAUCAGCUGCCAGUUUCUUAAUGGCAUUGUCAAUUUUCAAGGAUUUACCAGCGGAACAUCCGCGUCACUUGAUACCAGAGCUAUGCAGACAAUUCUAUCAUCUGGGUUGGGUAACCGGCACAGGGGGCGGGAUGACUAUAAAAUACAAUAAUGAAAUCUAUAUAGCACCUUCGGGUGUACAAAAGGAGCGUAUGCAGCCGGAGGAUCUGUUUGUGCAAGACGAAAAUGGCAAGGAUUUGCAAUUACCGCCGGAAAUAAGGGGACUCAAAAAGAGUCAGUGCACGCCUCUAUUUAUGCUCGCCUACCGACAUCGCAAUGCCGGAGCCUGCAUUCACACUCAUUCCCAACACGCCGUAAUGGCUACGUUGCUCUGGCCGGGAAAAACUUUCCGUUGCACACACCUCGAAAUGAUUAAGGGCGUCUACGAUGAGGCGGACAAGCGUUAUCUGCGCUACGAUGAGGAGCUGGUUGUACCCAUCAUUGAGAACACGCCCUUCGAACGAGAUUUGGCUGAUAGCAUGUAUGCGGCCAUGAUGGAGUAUCCCGGAUGUAGUGCCAUUCUGGUGCGUCGACAUGGUGUCUAUGUUUGGGGUCAGACUUGGGAAAAAACCAAAACUAUGUCCGAGUGCUACGAUUAUCUCUUCUCUAUUGCCGUGGAGAUGAAGAAGGCCGGACUAAAUCCGGAGAAGUUUGAGGAUGCAUCGCAUGCUUAGGCAUUUAUUGAUUGAAUUUCAUAAAAUGCCUAGUAAUGUACAUACUGAUAAAGACUUAUAUACAUAUUUGUGUUGAUAAUUGAUGCUUUAUAUAUGUACAUAUACAUUUUUAAAGGAAAUACUGAUAGUUUGAGCAAACGAUAAUCCAUAAUAUAGCUGCUAUCGUUAUCGCAAUCCAA